UUAUCUGCCCCGGUGCUCACGCCUUACCCCGUUACUCCCACGCACUGUACGCGUCUUCCUGUUACACCGAGGAGGCCGAAGUCUGAUUACAUCGGCGGGCAGAUUUCUGAAGAUGCUGUCCAGGCUGCGGGUGUUGGCGUGUCGUGGCGCGGUGUGCCGUGGUGCGGCGCUCUGCCGCUCCGUUCAUACGAAAGAAAAGGGCAAAGCGCUUCUCCUCAACCCGAGAACCAACAAGGGAAUGGCGUUUACCCUACAAGAGCGGCAAAUACUCGGCCUUCAGGGCCUCUUACCCCCCAAGAUAGAGACUCAGGACAUCCAAGCUGCCCGGUUCCACAAGAACCUGAGGAAGAUGGAAGACCCUCUAGAAAAAUAUAUUUAUAUAAUGGGGAUUCAGGAGAGGAACGAGAAGCUUUUCUACAGAAUAUUACAGGAUGACAUCGAGAGGCUGAUGCCGAUCGUCUACACGCCAACCGUGGGGCUGGCGUGCUCGCAGUACGGGCACAUAUUCCGCAGGCCCAAAGGGCUGUACAUUUCUAUAUUAGAUAAAGGACACAUUCGAUCCAUAUUGGACCACUGGCCGGAGACCGAUGUAAAGGCGGUAGUAGUCACCGAUGGAGAGCGGAUUCUGGGCCUCGGAGAUCUCGGGGUUUACGGGAUGGGGAUACCGGUCGGGAAGCUCUGCCUGUACACGGCGUGCGCCGGGAUCCGGCCUCAGAAAUGCCUUCCCGUGGUUAUUGACGUCGGGACUGAUAAUCCGACCCUGCUUAAGGAUCCGUUCUACAUGGGGCUUUACCAGAAGAGAGACCGCACCGAGCUGUACGACGAGCUCAUCGAUGAGUUCAUGGACGCCGUUACUGACCGGUACGGCCAGAAUACUCUUAUUCAGUUUGAGGAUUUUGGAAACCACAAUGCCUUCCGCUUCCUGAGGAAAUACAGAGAGAAAUACUGCACGUUCAAUGACGAUAUCCAAGGCACCGCCUCGGUAGCCCUGGCCGGGCUUUUGGCAACGCAGCAAGUCCUCGGCAAACCCAUCACUGAGCAAAACUUCCUUUUCCUUGGAGCCGGAGAGGCUGCGCUUGGGAUUGCCAACCUCAUCGUCAUGGCCAUGAUGGAAAGAGGACUGACCGCGGAGAAUGCCCGGGAGAAAAUCUGGAUGUUCGACAAGUUCGGCUUAUUGGUUCAGGGCCGAGAGGAGAGUGCGGACGGCAAUCAGGAGUCUUUUGCCCACCCGGCCCCGAAGCAGAGCGUGAAAACCUUCUUGGAUGCGGUGAAUGUUUUAAAGCCGGCUGCAAUCAUUGGUGUAGCAGGCGCCGGGCGUCUCUUUACAGAGGACGUCAUCAAAGCCAUGGCUUCCAUUAACGAGAGGCCGAUCAUCUUUGCCCUGAGUAAUCCAACGUUAAAAGCCGAGUGCACGGCGGAGGAAGCGUACACUCUGACGGAGGGACGCUGUCUGUUUGCCAGCGGAAGUCCGUUUGAUACGGUGACUCUGCCUGACGGACGAUCUUAUAAACCCGGGCAGGGGAACAAUGCCUACAUAUUCCCAGGUGUUGCCCUGGCGGUAAUUCUGAGCGGCGUGCGCCAUAUCAGUGACCGGGUCUUCCUUGAAGCUGCCAAGGCCCUGGCAGAACAGUUAACGGCCGAGGAGAUGGCGCAGGGAAGGCUUUACCCGCCGCUGUCUAAUAUCCAGGAGGUCUCCAUAUGCAUCGCGGUGAAAGUGAUGGAAUUUGUGUACAGAAACGGAAUGGCUUUCCAGUACCCCGAACCCUUGGACAAGAACGCCUACGUUAGAUCCAAAGUGUGGAGCACAGAAUACGACUCUUUCUUACCCGAUGUGUAUGACUGGCCGGAGUUUUUCGGAUCCUUUCCUAGCGGCCGGAUUCCAGGCUCAAUGUAACAUUUACUGAUGGGACAACGGGACGAAGUUUAUCGACCCCGUCCGCCUCACCUGUAGUGAAUAUAUAAUCUAUUUCUAAUUCGACUGUUGCUUGUGCCAGAAAGUGCCUGUUUUAACCUAAAAGGAGCCAUACUACAAAGCGGCCAAUAAAACGUUUGGAAUGGAGAAA